CCGCUUGCCAUGCCUGAUGGAAUUCGCAAUUCUCGGGUUAAUCGGGUGACCCUUACGACUCGACCCAUUGAGUUGGAUUCCCUUCCCUCGGGUCGAUUGUGGAUAAACCGCGGGGACUCUCCUCUUCCGUUUUCUUCACCGACUCUGCAACUCCACGAACGAACCCUCCAGUCCAGUUCGAUUUCACUUCUCCAAUGCAACCACAGGCAUUGAUUCAGUGAAACCCAGUUCCGAAAUUCUCCCGGAGGGGAAGAAGAUGAGCGCUAUUGAUGCUCUGUUGUCUUCAGGGCCGUUCCUUCCAAAGACGCACCGCCCUCAGCUUAUUCGAUCGUACGCAGUUCCUGUUCUCACCCGGAAGCAGCUCAAGUACUCGCUAUGCGGCCGGAGAAGAUCGUUUUCAAUCCUGUGUCAGUCGCAUUCCGGCGGUGAUGAUUUCGUCAGUAGGGUUUUGAAGGAGAACCCCAGCCAGGUCGAGCCCAAGUACCGGAUAGGAGACAAAUUUUACACCUUGAAGGAGAAAGAGAACUUGAGCAAGAAAGCCGACUCCGGCGUUAUUGACAUUCUUCGGAGAAAUUUGAAUUUGAAAGCUCUCAAGAGAGGGACUGGAGGCGACGGGGCCGAGAAUGGAAGCGCGGGUAGCGAGCAGUCUGUGUACUUGAAUGACAUACUGAGGGAGUACAAGGGGAAGCUCUAUGUUCCCGAGCAAGUAUUCGGCGAGGAGUUAUCCGAGGAGGAGGAGUUCGAUAGGAAUUUGGUGGAAUUGCCUAAGAUGAGCUUUGAGGAUUUCAGGAGGGCCGCUAAGAGCGAUAAAGUCAAGCUAUUGACUUCCAAGGAGACAACAAGCUCGUCAUAUGGUAAUGGUUAUAGGGAUUUUGUUGUCAACUUGAAAGAAAUUCCGGGUGAUAAGAGCUUGCACCGGACGAAAUGGGCAAUGAGGCUGAAUGAGAAUGAAGUUCAAGCCCUAUUUGAGGAGUACAAUGGUCCGCAGUAUGAAAUAGAGCGGCAGACUACGUCUUGGGUAGGAAAGUUACCUGAAUAUCCUCAUCCAGUGGCAUCUUCUAUAUCAAGCAGAAUGAUGGUAGAGCUUGGAAUGGUUACAGCUGUAAUGGCUGCAGCAGCAGUAAUAGUUGGGGGAUUUUUGGCUUCAGCAGUUUUUGCCGUGACAAGUUUCGUUUUCGUAUCAACUGUAUAUGUUGCUUGGCCUAUAGCGAAGCCAUUUCUUAAGCUGUUUCUGGGUCUUAUCUUCGGCAUUUUAGAGAGAGUAUGGGAUAAUCUUGUUGAUAUAUUCAGUGACGGUGGCAUCUUUUCUAAGCUGUAUGAAUUCUACACAUUUGGCGGUGUAUCUGCUAGCCUUGAGAUGCUAAAGCCAAUUACACUUGUUCUUCUGACUAUGGUUCUCCUUGUCCGUUUUACACUCUCGAGACGACCUAAGAACUUCAGGAAAUGGGAUCUGUGGCAAGGGAUUGAUUUUUCAAGAUCCAAAGCUGAUGCUCGCGUCGAUGGUUCAACAGGGGUCAAGUUCAGUGAUGUUGCAGGGAUUGAAGAGGCAGUAGAGGAACUCCAAGAGUUGGUGAGGUACUUGAAAAAUCCUGAGCUGUUUGACAAAAUGGGGAUAAAGCCUCCUCAUGGCGUUCUUCUAGAGGGACCACCAGGAUGUGGAAAGACCCUAGUUGCCAAGGCUAUUGCUGGUGAGGCUGGCGUUCCAUUUUAUCAGAUGGCUGGUUCUGAGUUUGUUGAAGUCUUAGUUGGUGUUGGUUCAGCACGUAUCAGGGAUUUAUUUAAGAGAGCCAAGGUAAACAAACCGUCUGUGAUAUUCAUUGAUGAGAUUGAUGCUCUUGCGACUAGGCGUCAGGGAAUUUUCAAGGAAUCAACAGAUCAACUAUAUAAUGCGGGAACUCAAGAGAGGGAAACAACACUCAAUCAGCUUCUCAUAGAGCUUGAUGGUUUUGAUACUGGGAAAGGUGUCAUAUUUUUGGCUGCUACUAACCGGAGGGACUUGUUAGAUCCUGCCCUUCUUCGUCCUGGCCGUUUUGAUCGCAAGAUACGGAUUCGUCCUCCUAAUGCAAAAGGCCGAUUCGAUAUCUUAAAAAUCCAUGCCAGCAAAGUGAAAAUGUCAGAUACUCUUGAUUUAUCAUCCUACGCUCAAAACUUACCAGGAUGGACGGGAGCUCGUCUGGCUCAGCUCGUCCAGGAGGCAGCUCUUGUCGCAGUCAGGAAGGGUCACGGAUCGAUUCUCCGAUCAGACAUGGAUGAUGCGGUUGAUAGACUAACCAUUGGACCUAGACGUGUUGGGAUAGAGUUGGGUCAUCAGGGACAAUGCCGAAGAGCUGCUACUGAAGUUGGGGUGGCAUUGACAUCCCACCUACUUAGGAGAUAUGAAAACGCAGACAUUGAAUGCUGUGAUCGUAUCUCCAUAGUCCCUCGUGGUCAGACAUUAUCUCAAGUUGUUUUUCAUCGGCUCGAAGAUGAAAAGUACAUGUUUGAGCGCCGACCUCAGUUGCUGCAUCGGCUUGAAGUACUACUCGGAGGGCGUGCAGCUGAAGAGGUAAUUUAUGGGAGGGACACAUCUAGAGCAUCUGUGAGCUAUCUUGCAGAUGCUUCUUGGCUCGCCCGCAAAAUCGUAACCAUAUGGAAUUUGGAGAAUCCAAUGGUGAUACACGGAGAGCCACCUCCUUGGAGGAAAAAAGUGAAAUUUGUCGGUCCAAGGCUCGAUUUUGAAGGUUCACUCUAUGACGACUAUGGGCUGAUUGAACCACCCAUCAACUUCAAGUUGGACGAUCAAGUCGCAGAGAGGACUGAGGAGCUCAUACGCGACAUGUACAACAGAACCAUCUCUUUGCUUCGAAGACACCACGCAGCAUUGCUGAAAGCUGUAAAGGUUCUUCUCAAUCAGCAAGAAAUUAGUGGAGAGGAGAUCGACUUUAUUCUGAACAAGUACCCGCCACAGACGCCAUUGAGUCUCCUACUGGAAGAGGAGAACCCAGGAAGCCUCCCUUUCUUCAAUAACCGUGAGCAAGUGGGCGAGUUUGAGUAUGCCGUUCUGUCUCAAUCGGGGGAUCAGAACGUAUGAGCACAGAUCGUUUGGACCAAAUAAUAUACAGGUCAUUCUCGAUGUAUUAGACAUGGAAAAGUUCUUUUUCUCUAAUCCACCCGCCUAGAUAGAUCGGGAGCUCGUUGCUGUGCAGAGAGGAGGGAUGCAAUUUUCCGAUUGCUCAUCAAUUUUAGGACUGCUGAGGAGACCAUGCAGCAAAUUUUUUGAUACGAGUAGGGUCUUGAGCUCGAUGAUCGAUGGCGAUCGGACUUGUAAUUGUAAUCGUUCUUACGAUGUCUAGAAUUUGAGGAGCUCCGAUUUUGAGUUGUAAUAUAUAUCACCAUUUAGAGGGGAACCUCUGAUUUGAGUCAUAGAAUUCCCAUAUUAUCAUAGAAGGGGAGUUACAGACUUCUCAGGUGAUUCGAUUGGGGAUUAA